GCAAGAUGGCAGCAGUGUGACGUCAACGCUCGGGCUGCCGUAAAACCUCCUUUCGGAGUCGGAAAAAAGGGUGAAGUGGACCACGCUUGACGACACACGCCAGACAAAAGGGCGAUACAAGCGAAUUUCAUCAAACAUCCAAAAUGUUGAAAGAGUUGGUGAAGGAGCGACUCAUGGCGGCGGCCGAUGAAAUAUUCGCGCUGUUCGAAAGAACCAUCGCGUCGUACGAGGAGGAAUUUUCUAGAACACGAGAGGAGAAGGAGCGACAUCGACAGCAACUGGAAGCUGUUUACCAAAGUCAAAUUGUGUUACAAAUAGAAGGCUGGCGAAGGUUAACAAUGCUGUGCUAACGACGCCAUUGAAGCUAACUUAGCAACGGGACCUCACAGAGCUAUGCUAAAAACAUUAGCUCUCCACCUACGCCAGCCAGCCCUCAUCUGCUCAUCAACACCCGUGCUCACCUGCGUUCCAGCGAUCGGCAGAAGGACGAAGGACUUCACCCGAUGCGUUUGGCGGCCCGGAGACGUAGGAAGUCAAGAAGUCCAGCAGGUGAUUGGUCAUCCAAAAGAACAUCUGUUGGGAAGGACGUCCACUUGGAAACAGGAGGAUCCACAGCCCCCCCACUUUAAAAGGGAAGAUGAGGAACUGUGGAUCACACAGGAGGGAGAGGGCUGUGUACGGCCGCAAGAGGCUGAUCUCCCCAAGUUGCCACUGACUGGUGUCUCUGUGAAGACCGAAGACCAUGAAGACGAACCAGUUGAGUCCUCACUGCAUCAUCGCAGUCCAAGUGAGGAGAGCAGAGGGGCGGAGCCUCCAAACAGCAGCUUACUACAACUCCAGACAACAGAAAUGGAUGUCGACUUCUGUGAGGUACCACUGUCAGUUAGUGAGGAUCAAGACGGGGUUGAAGAACCUUUGAGCAGCGAGACACACUGUGAAGACGACAUGAGGACUCACACUGGCAACAAACAUUCUAAACGCCCUGAAAAGAAGGUCGGCACCAAAGGUUUUACCUGCUCCUUUUGUGUCAAAAGCUUUUUCCAUAAGACAGAUUUUGCUCGACACAUAAGAACACACACCGGAGAAAAACCUUUCACAUGUUCAGUUUGUGGCCAAAAGUUCGCUCGGAAUGGCACUUUGACGACACACAUGAGAACACACACGGGCGAAAAACCCUUUACUUGUUCGGUUUGCGCCAAGACAUUUUCUCAAAAGCCACACAUGAUCAAGCACAUGAGAACGCACACGAGAGAAAAACUCUUCACUUGUUCAGUUUGCGGUAAAAGGUUCUCGCAGAAGUCGUCAAUAGUGAUACACAUGAGAACACACACGCGGAAAAAUGCUUUUCAAGGACAGUUGGGCUCAGCCGCGCGAAAGAAUAGGAUGACAUGAGGACAUUUGCAUACUCUUUCAAGCGGCUGUGUAUUACACAAGCUGGCUCGGCUUUCCACUUCUGAAACAAAUCCCUUGAUUGCAGCGGUUUUGUUUUGUAGUGAUAAAGAAAAUGUUGUUUUUGUCUCAGACGCUUAACGACUGUUUUGUGACGGGGAGAUGAAGUUGGGUUAACUUGUCAUGAAAGAAUAAAGUCAUUAAAGGCCUACUGAAAGCCACUACUAGCGACCACGCAGUCUGAUAGUUUAUAUAUCAAUGACAUUAAAGGCCUACUGAAAGCCACUACUACCGACCACGCAGUCUGAUAGUUUAUACAUCAAUGAUGAAAUCUUAACAUUAUAACACAUGCCAAUACGGCCGGGUUAACUUAUAAAGUGACAUUUUAAAUUUGCCGCUAAACUUCCGGUUCGAAACGCCUCUGAGGAUGACGUAUGCGCGUGACGUAGCCCGGGGAACACGGGUAUGCCUUCCACAUUGAAGCCGAUACGAAAAAGCUCUGUUUUCAUUUCAUAAUUCCACAGUAUUCUGGACAUCUGUGUUCGUGAAUCUGUUUCAAUCAUGUUCAUUGCAUU